AUGGGGCAAGGCUACUCCCUCACGACCCUUUCGGCAGGGUCGGCGACUAUCGAUGUGCCGGAGCUGUCAGAUCUUUCCUACGAGAAGUCGCUGGGAGAUGGACGUUUGAUGAAAUGCAUACGGGCACGGCAUCGAAACGGCUUGGUUGUCGUAAAAGUGGCCAUGAAGCCCUACGCGAGCAUGAAACUGGACCGCUAUGUCAACGCGCUCUUGGAAGAGCGCAGAGAACUGGCCCAAAUACCAAAUGCUCUGGCCUACCAUCGGAUUCUGGAGACACCCACCAACGGAUAUCUCAUCCGCCAGUAUAUCCACAGCUCACUUUAUGAUCGCAUGAGCACUCGACCAUUCCUAGAGGACAUCGAAAAGAGAUGGUUGGCGUUUCAACUGCUGUGUGCUGUGCGGGACUGUCACGCUCGGAACAUUUACCACGGCGACAUCAAGACAGAAAACAUCCUGGUAACCUCGUGGAACUGGUUGUACCUAGCGGACUUCUCGUCCAGCUUCAAGCCGAUUUACUUGCCGGAAGACAAUCCUGCGGACUUCUCUUUCUACUUCGACGCUUCAGGACGGCGUACUUGCUAUGUUGCGCCAGAACGGUUCCUAGGUGCUGGUAGCUCGAACGAGGGCACCGGCAAGCUCACUUGGGCCAUGGAUAUCUUCAGUGUCGGCUGUGUGAUCGCUGAGAUCUUCCUUGAGACACCGAUUUUCAACUACAGUCAGCUGUUCAGAUACCGCGCCGGCGAGUAUGAGCCACAACAUGUGCAUCUGAACAAGAUCGAAGACAAAGCUGUCCGCGAACUGGUGCAGCACAUGAUCCAGCUGGAACCGGAGUCAAGAUAUUCGGCCGAGGAGUACCUCAAUUUUUGGCGCCAGAAGACAUUUCCCGACUAUUUCUUCAACUUUCUGCAUCAGUACAUGUACACCAUUACGGAUCCCUCGUCCGGCCAUGGACCGAUAGGAUCUGAGAAAUCCGAAGAGUCAGAUAAUCGCAUUGACAAGAUCUACUACGAUUUCGACAAGAUAACAUAUCUCCUUGACAAUGAUGCUGACAGCGAAUCGAUCAAACCGCGAGAGUCCACCCCGAAGAAAUGGAAUGAUGUUUUCCCUCUCCACAUAGACAUUCCAAAUUACCAACAUCAAGCAUCUGCUUCCAUGAGCCGGACAGUCGACGACGGCACACUAAUGUUCCUGACGGUGGUUGUUGCGGCGCUUCGAACUACAGCUCGGGCGAAAGCUCGCCUCCGAGCCUGUGAGUUGAUGCUGGCUUUUGCCGAGAGGUGUACCGAUGAGGCAAAGCUUGACCGCAUACUACCUUAUUUGGUCUCUCUUCUCAAUGACAAGUCCGACAUGGUCAAAGUGACGGCUCUCCGGAAUAUGACACAGCUUAUAGACCUUGUGUCGGUUGUCUCGCCGACAAACGUGUACCUGUUCCGUGACUACCUUCUAUUACAGUUACCGUUUGGGAACGAAGCCUUCAUGAAGCCCAGCCAGUUGGUGCGAGCAGCGUAUGCAUCUUGCCUGGCUCCAUUGGCAACUACAGCAUCAAGAUUCUUGGACAUGAUGCAGGCCUUACGAGCUGAUGGCUCAUUGCCGAGUUCGGGUUCAGAAGGUGAGGAAAACGGAGCAGGCCAUCAUACGUUCCGUGAGCUCUUCGACAGUGCCCGGGUCGAUCUCCUCAGGCACUUCGAGGUUCCUACGAAGGCUCUCCUCACAGACAGGGAGUCUGCGGUCAAACGGGCUUUCCUAGGAUCGGUUUCUAAUCUCUGCGUCUUCUUCGGAAAUCCCAGAGCCAAUGAUGUCAUACUUAGCCAUCUCAACACCUAUCUGAAUGAUAAAGACUGGAUGCUGAAGUGUGCCUUCUUCGAGACUAUCGUUGGUGUGGCAACCUACGUAGGCGGUGCAAGUCUCGAGGAGUUCAUACUACCGCUCAUGAUCCAAGCUUUGACUGACCCUGAAGAGUUCGUUGUCGAGCGGGUAAUCACAUCUUUGGCCUCCAUUGCACAGCUGGGUCUGUUCCAGCGCUCAAAGACCUGGGAACUUGUCGACGUUAUCGGACGCUUCACUGUUCACCCGAAUAUAUGGAUCCGAGAAGCAGCAGCUCAGUUUGUGUCCUCUGCUACCACGUAUCUCUCAACUGCCGAUAACCACAGCAUCAUCGUACCACUAGUCAAACCCUACCUCAAAGUGCUUCCUACCGAGUUCUCUGAGAUAAAGCUCUUAGACUCGUUGAGGAAACCCCUUCCUCGGCCUGUGCUGGAUCUAGCAUCUACCUGGGCUCUACAGGGCGACAAUGGACUAUUCUGGAAGCCAGCACAGCAGCAACGGACCUUCUCAUUCAGUUCAGCAAACGAGGCUGUACCCACCGUAUCGGCUAGAGACCUAGGGCCAAAAUCUCUUUCGAGAGUACCGAAGAAUGAAGACGAUGAAAAAUGGCUUGCACGCCUCCGCAGUAUUGGAAUGACCGCGGAUGAUGAGUUCAAGCUCAUUGCUUUGCGAGAGUACAUCUGGAAAUCAGCCCGCCGGAAAAAGAUGGAAGAGUCUACGCCGACGCCACCCAUCUUCAAUGACAUUGUGAAGCUCAAAGAUCUGGGGAUCAAUCCCCAGAUCGUCUUCUUCGAUCACAAUGUAGACCUCCUGAGCCCAAAUGGCCAAAUGCAAUAUGCGGAGACAAAACCUCACACGAUUGCUGACGCAUUGCUUGACGCGUCGACAACAGCGGACGAUGCCAACGCUCACCACGUAGCACCCCGUACGAACGGACAUACCGACCGUCCGAACAGUAACGGGUCCGCUGCGCUAGAACCACCAGCUCUGCCAACGUCACCAGGUCAGCUUGAAGGGGUCUUGUUCCCCUCUUCAAAAUCUAGCCCUCAUCGGCGGUCUCUCCAGGUGCCUAACAGAACCUCGAAAGACACUGCGCAUGAUGGAAUGCCAUCCUCCCUGGAAUCGGAUGGAGACCUGAGUCUUGGAUCUCACAAUCACCCGAUACGAAACAAGAGCAUUGCUAUCAAUCUAAUAAGCCGAAAUCAACCACCAAGCAAGGCCGAGGCCGAGACCUCGACAACAUCUGCAACUGCCUUCGGUAAAGUGGAUGGAUUGCAACCGCGCGAUGGAACUCUUCAAAGGAAGCCGUCGCCGCUUGCAUUGGCGCAACAGCAGCAUCGAUCACUGGCGAAAGAAGGGAAGUAUCAGGCAGUCCACACGUACACUGGCCACGAUCCCAGUGUUCUGAAGCUUCUCGAUUCCUUCUACCUUGAGAACUAUCCGGCAGAUUACGUGGAGUUUGGCCCAUUAGUAACGCCAAUGAGUGGCAGGCAGCCGAUCAAGCGCAGCAGUGGGCUCAACUCAUCUAUUCCUUGGAGACCUGAAGGCAACCUCGUCGCAACGAUGGGAGAGCAUACGGGUGCCAUCAACCGAGUGGUUGUCGCUCCUGAUCAUGCUUUCUUCAUCACCGGCUCUGACGAUGGAUCGGUGAAGGUAUGGGAUACUGGUCGCUUGGAGCGGAAUGUGGCACACAGAUCUAGGGCGACGUACAAGCACGCUGCAGGGGUCGCGGUCACAGCCCUGGCUUUCAUCGAAAACACGCAUUGCUUCAUCAGUACUGGGAGCGACGGUAGCGUGCAUGUGGUUAAGGUCGAUUACUCGGAAGGCAACGAGGCUCGAGGGCCACGAUUCGGCAAACCAGUAAUGCUACGCGAGUACCACUUACCUGAAGAACACGCGGUGUGGGCGGAGCAUUUCAAAUCAGACAGCCAAUCGAUACUCAUGCUAGCUACCAACAACUCGCGCGUCGUGGCAAUAGAGUUGCGGACGAUGACUGAGCUGUACGAGCUCAACAAUCCCAUUCACCACGGCACGCCGACCUGUUUCUGUAUCGACCGCAAACACCACUGGCUACUCCUCGGCACUACACACGGCGUCCUCGACCUCUGGGACCUGCGCUUCCGGCUGCGGCUCAAAGGCUGGGCCUUCUCGGGCGCCUCGCCCAUCCACCGCAUCCGCAUGCAAACGCUCAAGGGCUCGCACAAGCGCGUCUGCAUCGCGGGCGGAACAGGCCAAGGCGAGGUCACGGUCUGGGACAUCGAGAAGACGACCUGCAAAGCGAUCUACCGCACUAAGGACUGCAAGGACACCAGCAAAGGCCACACCCUCAUUGACGUCGACGAAGAGCGCCCGGGCGGCAUGCUCAGCCGCUUCGCGACCAGGAACCUGGAGCCCAGCAGCGGCGGCACGGAUCGUGGCAUUCGCGCUCUGGCGCUCGGCACGCAUGUCCCGGAAGAUGGCUCGGAGCCGAGACAUUUCUUCAUGCUGACUGCUGGCCCGGACUGGAAGGUCAGGUACUGGGACACGAACCGCGAUCGCGUUGAGUCGUCCAUGGUCAUCAGCGGGCUGGGACUCGAGGAACCGAAGCCGGUGUACCGUGCCAAGCCGACGGCGACGGAGACGAUCAUCGUGCAGGAGAUGACGCCGGAGCAGCUGGCUGCGGAGGUGGAGGGUGAGCAGGGGGGAAAGAAGGGUGCUUCGGGCAGGGCAGGGGAGGGGAGGGCGGGAUCGUCGAACUCAUCGGGGAAACGCGACGCGGGGAAGAAGCCAUCGAGGUCUUCGCUCAUGUCGCUGCAGCAGCAACUUUUGCUCAAGAGCCACCUCGAUACUAUUACGGACGUUGCGUUGUUGGAGCAUCCGUAUGGGAUGGUUGUCUCGGUGGAUCGGUCGGGCGUCAUCUAUGUAUUCCAGUAG